CCCACCCGUGGCCAUUGGCCGUCCACUGCAAGCCUAUCGGAUUGGCGCGAGAGCACCAUUGCCGAAGAGUGGGAGAGUCACUCAAAUCAAUAGAGAGAGAAGCCUCUUGUUCUCUUUGCUCUGUAGUCUGUACUGCGUUUUGUGGUGAUUGUGGUGCUGGUGCUUGGGCUGCUGGUGGUGAUGGAGCACACCUCUAGGAAGAAGGCUUUGCUCGUCCUCUUCAUGUUCUCCUGCCUCCUCCUUCCCCUGGCUUCCUCCGCCGCGCCUCUGUCCAGAACCAUGUCCUUGGCGAACCACCGGCUCCCGGACCCUGCCGAUGGGGAGGUCCCUUCUCAGGGUGCUGAGCGAAACCUCGGCGAGGUGGCGGCGAGGAUGGACAUCGAGGUCAACGACUACCCUGGGUCCGGCGCCAACAACCGCCACGAACCCAGGAGCCCGGGCAGAGCUUGAAAGCCUCUGCGCGUCUCGGGGAGGAAGAAGAAGAAGAUAAAGAGAGCAUGGGGUUUUGAGGGUUUCGAUCGAUAGUAGGACUACAUCUAGCUAGCUAUAAACUGUAGAGGUUAACGAGUCUUGUCCGGUAGUUACGCCGUCUCGUCUCGGUGGCGAUGGAUCGAGCUUUGAGCUAGCGUAUCAGGGCCGGGUCCUCGCCGGCGUCACGCGCCCACUGUCAGGUCGAUCGAGUGGACAGAGCUAGUCGAUCUCUCUGGCUGCACCUCUCGAUCUCGACUGAAGAGAAAGAAGUUUUCAAGUCUUUCUACGUGUAUAAGCAUGCGUUCGUGUAAGUCUCAAGUCGGUGUCUGUGACUCUGUUUGGCAGUGUAGAGUAAUGUUUGUUUUCGCGCUAUACUUGAUGUCAACGGCACAUCUACUGGCUACAUGCUGGGGC